AUGUAUGGACUAUGGUGGCAAUUGACUUUUUUCAGAUGUUUAAAACUGGAAUUGAAAAGAGAAAAAAUUAUACAAAUAUUCAAACUGGUCCAAGUGUCUAUUAUUACCUUAUUGAUGUUUCGAUUAAGUUUGGUGAGUAUACGGAUACUGCAUAUUUCAUUUAUAGCUACAGAGCAAUUGAAAUGUAGAGUAUGAUACCGAUAAUAGUUGGAUAUUUAAGAUGGCAGUGGAAAACGACCAAAACAAUAUGGCAGCGCCUUCGGCCAUGUUCGCAGGUUUAAAGGAAACAACUUUUAAAAUAUAAAGAAGAAAUAUGUUAAUAUUUUCAUAUCAAACAAUUUCACCGUCGUCAAACCAUUUCACCGUUGUCAAACCAUUUCCCCGUUUUCGGCUACUGCAAAUGGCCAAAUGGCCAAAUUGAAAUAAGUCAUUAUGUCAUCUAUUUUAUCACAGGAAAAGUUGUAAUACAAUCGCAAGUGUCAUGCUUUGAUACGCUGCAUCAUGCCGUGUAGGUUCAUAGUCUGUUGUAUUCAUGUCUAGUAACGAAAUAUCUAUUUUUAUCAGUUUCAUUUUUUCACUCUCUCGGCUGUAAAUCAGCUUUGAGCUGCAAACCAGCUGGAACCGGAUCUGAAAAACCUGAUUCUGCCCAGUACUAUUUUUAGUCAACAUUUAUGAUGUCCGAGAAUGUGGUCAGAUAAUGUCGUCUACUUCAUGCGUACUAAACUAUGUUUUAAUGUUGUCUUGAUCUAUACAUGCAGGUUCUGUACACUGGUGAGAUUGACAGAGGUGUACAGAAGAAUAUCCCAAGAUUCCUUGUGGCCUUACAAGACAGGACUUAUCAUUUGGAAAUGGUUCAUUCUUAUGGAUUGUUCAGAAGGUAUAGUGAAUAAAAAUUCAUUUAUAUAUCCAAGAUUUUAAACAGACGUAAAGCACAAUGUCAACGAGGUUGAUUGAUGGAUCUAUUUACCUGAAUAAAGAUAUAGAAGUUCAUAUUUUCAGGUAGUUUAAUAGAUCCUUCAACCAAGCUCAUGAACUGCUCAUGAACUCUAGCAAUCAAAAACAUGUUAAGUCCCCUCAAAACUAAAAUAUCGCACAUGGGCAAACCAUCAGCCUUAACAUAUAAUUUCAUCAAAUCUGUGGUUUGAUAUUUUAGUAUGACUGGUGUUGGUGGUCGACCUGAAGUGAUUAUCAAAGGUGGUGAUACACCAACUGGACCAUGGAAGGUCAGAUUUCUUUCAAUUUAAGCACCAUGAUUUUAAUUGAGGGAGUCAUCCCAGGUAUAUAGCUUUCCAUAUACUUGUGGUCAUUUGGUUUGCAUGAUUCUUCGCCUGUUGACGUUCAGUACUGUAUUUAUACACACUUUUAUUAUUUAUUCUUAUAAAAUUAAUUUUGGGGCACAUUUGUUUUCUGAGACUUAAUUAUGUUCAUCCUUUUACUGGCGGGUUCUCAAUAAUUCUGGUUUACUUUUAACGGAAUCAGUGCAUGUGAUUUCAACAUCUUUGAAAAACGCUUUGUCAUGUUUGCCCUUUCUUUUAGCUGCAUGUAAUCCAAUUUACUGUUCAAUUGUUUGACUGUACAUGUGAAAAAUUAAAUUACGCUUGUCUUCACUACAUAAACGGCCCACGAGGCAUUGUUUGGUAUAUUAAGUGGUCGUACAGAGUUAGAGACAUUAAAAGGUGGUCGUUGCAUGGUCGUAUUAACGAUGUCUUCAGAUGAGAAAAAUACUUACAAUAGGUGUCGUUCGGGGAAAUGAAAGUUGGUCGUAUUAUCGGGAUGGUCGUAUUAACGAGGUGGUCGUAUGGCGGGGUUCCACUGUAUAUAUAGCAAAUGAUACGCGUAGCUUGAAUAUUCAUAGUUUAACCAGAAAAGUGACGAAUAGUUACAAACAUUUUUUUUUUAAUUUGACGCACGGUAGGUAUAGACUUUUAAUCAAAUGAGAAAAAUAUUUAUUUUGUCUAGGAGUUUGAUUUCCUGUACAAGCCUGGAAAUGUUAACACAAGACCUUCAUUUGUUGGUUUGUACACACAAUUUUUCGUCCACAUAUUGCUGUAUAGUUAGCUCUAUAGUUAAUUAACAAUUAGACAACGAAGCCGAGUUGUCUAUGAGCGAAUAGUCAACGAGGCGAAGCCGAGUUGACUAUUCGCCCAGAGACAACGAGGCUGAUUUGUCUAAUUGUUUUAGUAUAAACCACAUAUUAAAGAAACCUGAAUUUUUAAUUUGAUUUUUAUGUAAAAUAAUAACUUUUUAACGAAAUGAGCGUUUAAAUGGCUUCCUUCGGCCGAGUCUUUGGCGACAUUUCGCCUCGGCCUUGUUGACAACUACUCAAGUUGGAACUCCCAAAAAAGACUUGAAAAAUACUAUUUGUGAGUUUUAAAAAAGUUAAAAAACAUGUCGUAAAACAGUAUAAUAGUAAUUAAGGGGUCGUUAUACAAGCAAAGUUUGGCUAAUUAUAAAAGAAGGAAACAAGGCUUAAAAUGUCCAAAAUUUGAAACAAAGAAUGGCUUCCCGAAUUGUUACUAAAUAAUGUUUACGUUAAAAAGCAGAAUAAAAAUGCACGCUAAGGAACACGAAUGUCGUUAAAAUCUGUAAAAUAUCUGGAAAAAUAAAGAGGCAAACCAUUUCCAUCAUCUAGUAUACAUAUUCAAAAGUUUAGAUUAAAAUGUAAUCGAAAAACUCGAUGAUUAAAAAGGCUCAAAAAAGGCGAAAAACAAACUCGACCAAAAUCUCGACAUUUAAUUUUUACCGUAUAUGUGUCAGCAGUUUCCAAAAGUCUUUGUUGUUUGUAUGUAAUCCAGCCAUUUUGAUAAGCUUUUUCUCUUUAAAUGAAGCUUUUAAUACUUAAAAACGGCAAUGGACCUUUAACCUUAUAACUAAAAUUUUGAUCUUGACAAAAAUUUCAUCACAGCUUGAAAGAGCAUCACAAAAUUAGUAAUACUCCAAAGUUUCGUUACGAAAUGUUGUAAAAUGCGGAUAAUAUAGCCCUGCGAAGAUUGCAAUUUUCAGUCAUUUUAGAUUACAAACGGGAAAUUGAUACCAAAAUCGGGUGUUUGGAUCUUGUCUAGAUCAAAAUUUUAGUUAUAAGGUUAAAGGUCCAUUCACUCUCUCACCCUUUGCCGCUUGUUGCUACUACCCAGCGGGCAAAAUGACGUUUAUCCAACGUUGAAUCAACGUUGGAAAUGACCUUCCAGACGUUGGAUAGACGUUGAAAAAGGGUUGACUAUGCAAAUUGGAUCGACGUUACUGUUUCGACGUUGAAACAACGUUGAAAUUAGGUUGCCAAUCUCGUCAACCAUAAUUCAACGUUGAAUCCACGUUAAAACAACGUUGAGAUUGGUUCACCAAUCGACGUCGUACAUUUAACCAUGAAUGAACGUUAAUUCAACGUCUGUUGGCUGCUGUUGAACCAAUGUUUUGUAAAACAACGUCAGAGCAACGUUGAUAUUAGGUUGUCGACGUCGCAACCUUUUUUCUACCAAAUUUCAACGUUGAAACAUCGUCGUGUGCCCGGUGGGUAGUAGGCUAUCACUAAUAGCCUACUAGUAGCGUAGCCAAUCAGAACGCACGAAAUCUGAUAGCCUACUAGUAGGUUUAUACUAAUAAUCGAUAUUCCGGGCGGAAUACGGAGUUUUGUUUAAAAUAUUAGAGCCCAGGGGUCGGUUGUAUUAUAAAACUCUUAUAAAGCAUGGAUAGUUUGGGAUCUACUAGUAUUUAUACCACUAAAAUUAUUUUGAAAAGUAAAAUUAUUUUGUAGAGAAAUCAACCAUGCAUAAAAUCAUUCAUGCGUUUAAAAAAUUGUGUAUGAACUGCUAAUACGGCAGAAAGUCCACGUUUCAGGGGUCGCGCGUUGGACUUAUAGUGUACAUCAAACUGUCUGGUACUUUGAUAGUUCAUAAACCACCUUCCAAAUUUGCGCCCUAUGAAUUAAAAUUGUGUUUUAGGCCUUUCCUUUUUGUGCGCAAGCCAUGGUUGGUUUUUAGUGUGAAGUUUCACUUCACACUAUUGUGAUGGUGGCGAAAAUUCACACGAAUCAGUCAGUCAGUCAGUCAGUCAGUCAUAGAGUAAACUUUCCGGGGGGGGGGUGUACGAUUUAUGUUCGUAGUGAUUUAUUGUACUUGGUCAGUACUUUGAAGGUUAUUCAGGCAAUUUCAGUUGUCUUAUUUAAAUAUUCUUUUCUCCUUUUGCCAUGCAAGUUCACAAAAAUUUCGAGGAAUCGCUUUCGUUAUUGUAAUUUUUUUGUAAAUUUUGUAUCAUUCGCUUCUCAUGUUGUGUAAAGGAUCUUUACCCCGGAACACCCGAUUUUUUCUUUAGUAGCGCAAAUGCGCUAUCAAGCCGUAGAUCACGAUGGCGUGACGAUGUGCUAUAAACAUUUCAGACAUGAAUAUUGAGUAAAUCUUUGAAAAUCUACGCAAUAUAUAAAUUGAUCUUAUGCAUUACGGGCAUUCAAUUAAGUGCCGAUAAUAUUUAGACGGUAUAUUCAUUACACAGAGCUAGGAAGGAGCUAGACCGCCUAGACAGUGCUUUUUUUCAAGUGUAUAAACAUUUCAGACGUAAAUAUUGAGUCGAAAAUCUUUGAGAUUCUAGGCAUUCAAUUGAGUGCCGAUAUUAUUUUCACGGUAUACUCAUUAUACAGAGGUACCGUACAUAGGAAGAAGCGAGACAGUAUUGUUUUCAAGUAUAUAAACAUUUCAGGACAUGAAUAUUGAGAAAAUCUUUGAGAUUCUACGCAAUAAUACAAUAUAUAAAUUGAUGUUAUGCAUUACCGGCAUUCAAUUAAGUGCCCAUCGAUAUUAUUUAGACCGUGUAUUCAUUAUACAUUGUCAUAUUGACUGUAUAAGGUGCUACAUCACAGAAUAGAUGGCUACACUCAGUACAAAGAGCGAAAAAUUGCAUCAGAUCAAUAAAGCGUAAACAACUAUCAAACAGAAGCGGGUGUUUGUACGAGCGUUUAUGAAUGUAACCCCCUCCGCCCACCAGGGUGGGGGUUAAUAGGGGAUUGGUAGGGGUUUAGAUCAGAAAACACUCCCAAGAAGGUGGGGGAUUUGAAGCUUUUAGAAUUUAUUUAUCCCCAGGGUAUGGGGAUUGGGUAGGGAUUAGUAAUCAAGUAACGGUUUAUCGUCUAGCUUGUAUUACUGUAUCUUAGUUUGCUUCGUGUGCUUUUUGUACUAAACUUUUUCAAAUGCAAUUCAUAGUAGUUCAUUGCAGUCCAUACAUAGUUAUUUGAAAUGUAAACUGUUUUAGCAGUGUUUAAUUAAAAACUCUUAAUUUACGGGCGAAGGCCCCAGGUACAGGGGACAUUUUUUUACAUUCGGAACCUUUGAUAGUCCUCAGGAUGUGGGGCAUUUGCGAAUAUUAGAACAAGGUCAAAGUCAAAUCCCCACCCUGUCCCGGGGUGGGGGAGGUCGGGGUUUACAUUGACUCAUGCAUUACGAAGAAAAUAACUUUGCGAGACUAAAUAAAUCAGUUGAGUCAGAGCUCCUUAUUUAAAGAAGAAAGACGAGGAGAUAGCCAUUGUGUUAUCGCCAACGUGUUAUAUCGCCAACAAGCUUUAUGCAAUAGAAGAAAAAAGCAAGGAGGUACAUGUAGCCAACGUGUACCGUCACGGACCUUGUUUACUGUCUAGCACAACGCCGUUGUCAACGGUGCAAACUCGUGUUCAGUGCAACGAUAACUCUACCAGAUCUUACGAGCAUCAAUCUGUAGUAUUCUGUACACAGAACUGUAUCAAAGCUUGUCAAAACCGCUUUAAACACUGCGAUAACUGUGAAACUAUUGAAAUCUAAAGUGACAUUAUUGAAUAUAUGCGAAAAGCUGAAAAUAUGACACAACGUGACACUGGGAAAAGUGAAAAGUCAAUAAGACUUGUUAUUGUGAAACAUGUCACAAAUUAGGUUAGAAUGCGGUAGCGGGUGGAGCGGAUCUACGGAACGGAUAUGUAGAUAAAAUACGGAACGGAUGAGGUUAUCCUCAUGUAACGACGUAGUGCUUAUUAUUCUUAACAUAUCUUAUACAGCUAUUUCAAUUAAAGUUUCAACUAAAAGGAUGAUGGGAAUAAUCAUAGUUUUAGAUAAGUGUAGCAUAUCAGUAGCCUCGUGGGGAUGCUUUUAGCGACAGCUGCAAAUGCAAAUGCAAAUGAAAAUUUAGAAUAUGCAAAAUUUGGUUGUUGGUGAAACAAUUUGAAUUUCGAAUUGUCGCGUGUAGCAUCACAAUAAAGAGAUAAAUAGUAUCAGUUUCACAAGGCACGUUUCUGAUGUGUUAGGCUUGUUUCAAACGUCACGCUACUCGUGUGCCUGUUUAUUUCGUAGCGUAAGCCAUCAGCUUUUCUAGGUUGUCGGCGACCCUAUAUAGUUCUUGCAGUAUCUUUUUCAAUUUGAAACUUCACAAUAUCCUUGGAUCCCUAGUUAAGAACAAGAGUGGUUUUUAAAAACAACCUUACCUGCUGACAGAGGUCUCUAUUUGUGCAAGAAAGCGAAUGAGAAGAGACUUCUGCCUAGGUCUGACACUUCCUUAGUCAUGAUCGUGAACGAGUUAAACCAGUUUGUAAAACAAGUUCUGAAACCGGUUUAGGGAAACGAAUAGUGCGCAUGCUCAGAGCUGAAUUACGCUGUAAUGACAUUUGGCCCGUAUGGUGUCAAAAUGGCAGCUUGCCCAGCGUGAUCAUUGUCAUUCUCAUUGUCAUGGAAAUUUUUGCACAUGCGCGACAGAAAACGUGUCAGAUAUAGGCAGAGGUCUCUUCUCCUUCGCUUUUCUGCACAAAUAGAGACCUCUGUCAGGGAAAAACAAUCCUCUUGCACUCGAAAAUUUGCGGAAUUUGCAGUUUAGCGGACAUUUUUUAACUCUGCAGGUUUUUGUAUACACCCUGUAUAUAUAAUUCUUACAUUCGUCUUGUAGAUAAUCGUCUCGAUAAUCGCCAUUCUCACCUCAAUAUUCACCAUAUUCGUCUCCAUAAUUGCCACAUUCUGCUCUUUUUUUGGCCAUAAUCUUCUCGUUAUCCGUUAUUUUUCGCACACGUUACAACACAGUAGGUCAAGCUGGUCAGUGGAAUAAUGAAUAUCUUUUGUAGACUUUAUCCAUGCAAAGCCGAGUUGACCUUCCAAAUUUACUCUGAUAUUUCUUUCUGUUUAGCUCCUCACCAACCUCGACUUGACUGGCAGAUGUGGUUUGCUUCAUUGGGCACUUAUGAUCGUAAACCGUGGUUUUUAAGCUUACUUCAUAAACUACUACUUGGAAAGUCUCCGGUGCUCGGUCUAUUGAAUGACGGGCAUUUUGAACACCAGCCGCCACAGUUUAUUAAAGUUGAUUUAUAUCGCUAUCAUUUUACCGAAAAUACCACCAGUUUUUGGAACGUUUUGUCGCAGAUGAGGUAUUUAUGCUGUCAUUAAUUCCUAAAUGAAUUGAAUUGUUCGACAAUUAAAGUGCCUAUAUGACACGAAAUUUCACCCCAAAGGUUUAUGGUUGCAUUGUAAAGAUCACUUAAAAUGACUUAAUAAUUUCUUUUAUAUAAUUUUGGUAACUUGCUCCCUUUUCAAGAUAUUCAACUUUGUUUCAUAUGCAAAUAUCGCUGGUGUGACAUCACAUCACAUAAUGAGUUUUCAGAAAAGUAUAAUUUUCUUGACGAAUACGUAUCUAAAAAACUUAAAAAUUGGGCUUGUAUAUGUAUUAAUUUCACAACUGGCAAUUAACCCUUUGUAUUUGUUUGUAAAAAUAUUUUAUCAAGGUAAAAUAUUGCGUUUUCAAAAUGUCAUGCGAUGUGAUGUCACACCGGUGAUAUUUGCAUAUGAAACAAAGUUGAAUAUCUUGCAAAGGAAGCAAGUUACCAAAAUUCUAUAAAAGAAAUUAUUAAGUCAUUUUAAGUGAUCUUUACAAUACAAUCAGAAACAUUUGGGGUAAAAUUUCGUGUCAUAGGUACUUUAAAAUAGAGCAAACAAAAGUGAGUUUCAAACAAUUUUUGAGCACUUUCACACGUAAAAGCUGGUACUUUGCAUGCUGAGGAGAAUUAGCUGUUCUUUCAUGAUUUUCGUUGCAUUUACUGCAUUUUAAUGUGUAAAAAGAAAUUUGAAUUGUAUCGCGGCAUUUGCUUAUAAAUCGAUAUCGGCUACAGUAAUACAGAACAAAAUACAGUAAAGAACAGACUAUACGACAGCCAAUUCAAAAGAAAUAGUGUUUAAUGAGGUGUUGUAUCCAAAAAAUUAUAAAAUUACUCACUUUUUAAAGAAUAGUAUCAUUACUAACGAGACAAUGUUGUCAAUGUUCUGUUCGUAUUCAAGCUGAUUUUCAGUGUGGAACUUGCAAGAUCGCCUUAAUAUUCGAUAUAUACAUUCUUCAUUUGAUCUUUGUUAUCAGUGAGAAAUCAUGGUGGAGCAGGGAAUAUGUCUCCGACUAUACUCCAUUUAUUAUAAACAGAAAUGACACCGAAUCUUUUGAAGCUCUUAUACAGAAACGUUUUAAACUGCUCAGGGUAAGUUGGAUCAGGGUCUUAAUUGAUUUCAAUUCACUAACUCAUGAUAGACUAAAAAUUGCAUUGUAUACUCAAUUGCAAUUAAGUCGACCUCGGUUAUGUAAAAAGUAAUACCAUGUAAGGUGCGACGAAUAUUUAUAAUAAAGUACCAAUAAUUUAUUGCUUUCCAUUGUCAUUUAGUUAAUUACUAACACUUUAUGUUGGAAUGCUGUAUUGAGAAUUUUCCAAAUAAUCGCCAAAUGUGUCACCAUAUUCGUCUUCCGAAUUUGUUCGCCAUAUUUCUCCACCUAGCUGUUCACUUUAUUCGUUUCCAUAUUCACCAGAAUCCUGUUCCAUACUCGCCCUACUCUUCUCAUAUUAUCAUAUUUUUCAGUUUUUAUGUUGAUUUUUCAAUACAGAGAAAUUUAUUGGGUGACAAGAAAUCUGUUUUAACUGUUGCGAAAUAUUUUCUUCAAGUUUCUUAAAAAUAUUUUCGAUUCAAGAACAAACGUAUGACACUCGAACAAACACAAUACAAUAUUAAUCUUGGGAUUAAUCUUGAGCUAUAUGUCAUUUUUAUAGACAGAUGUAUCGGACGAACCCACAUUUGGUUUACUCUAUUCAUUUGUGACCAACCUGCGCAGCCCACGUCAAGGUAGACUGGGCCCUAGUCUUAUAUUCACUUUGUUUUUUUCAUCCCUUGUUUUACUAAUUAGUAAAUUAUGGUGGAGGAGAUCCGGGCACAAGCAACUGUAAGUAUGACAGAAUUAUGUGCGUUUGUAAGAAUGGAUUUUACGAGAAUUGAUUAUUUACAUGAUUGUUCAUGUUGUAUAAGAAAACAUCGUGUCUGAAAAAUGGAAAUAUUAACCUGGACAAAAAUCACAAUGUUCGCUUUCUUAAAUAAUUUGUUACAUGCUUUAGUCCAAUAAAUUCAAAACUGUUCAAGCAUUAGUAAAUUCAAGCCAUAAACUCAGUGUAUUUACGUAUGCGAUAGAAAAGAUGAUUUGAAAAUUGAAUUUAAUUACAAUAUACACAUUACUACUAACAAAACUAGAAUUGAACGAAAUGCUUUUCGUGUAUUUAGGAUGAGAACAAAAAAAGUACUAAUAAACAACAGCAUUGUGUUUUUACUGUACUCCUUCGCUAGUUGUUGUGUGCUGUUCACAUGAUCUUUGCCACCCACAAAUGUCAGCCAAGGCCUGGUUGCAUGUGUGAGGGGUAUAGCCGUUUAGGGUUUUUAAAGUACUACCCCUCCCCCUUUUAGUUUAGUUUAGUUUAGCUUAGUUCCGUUGUGUCACAUGACCGGGAGUGAAGAGAGCAGCAUGCUCGAAGUUGAAAACGAUAGCCUUUGGGUGAAUAUUUAGUUUUAUAUUUUAAAGCGAAAUUAUGUGAAUAAAACAAGUUUAAUUUAACUUUCUGUCUUUCUUGACCGGUGUUACUAUUCGAUAGGAACACGGGUUACAUUUUGGCGAUCCUGCCAGGACCCACAAAGGGAUUUUAACGUUGAAAAUACUGUGCAAAGAUGUGGAUAUAUUUCGUUAAGGCGUGAGUACGGGUUUAUAUUCUGUCGUUUUAGUCGUAAAAAUACGGUUUUGAAGGCUUGUUAAAUGCGGAUUUUCUGUUGAAUGGGACGGUGUUGGUACUGGGAAGUAAAAAGAAUUCGAAAAAUUAAGUAAAAUUUGGUCGUGUUUGUAAGGGAUUUUUGCGUGUACGUUGUGUGAUCUUUUGAUACUUCGCUAUGACGGAAGCUGACGAGGAAAUUGAAGUGUUACAGCUGAAGCUAGAGUCGGAAAUUUGUGAUCUAACGAUGGAAGCACUCGUGGAAUUCGCGCAGCACGUAAAAGUAAAUACUGAAGGGUUAAGAAAAAUUCAAUUAUCAAAGGGAGUUCGUCAGAAAAUCGAAGCAAAUCUGGAGAAAUCGGGUGACAAGAAAGCUUUAGUUGAGGGCUAUAUUACGAUGGUGACACCCGAGCCACCACCAUUAGAAACUCCAGAUGAAACAAACGCAGUGAGCAAACGCAGGAAAAUGAGGACGGAGUACAAACGAGUAAAACUGAUUCGGAAACUGUCUGAAACCCCUCAAAAGAUCUGGUUGAUAAAUUAAAUGUUGAUUUGGUAAAAGCACUAAAGCGUGAUUUUAAGAUCAUCGGAGUAAUUGGUGGGGACAAACAAAGGGACAGCUUGUCUUUUGUCAGUCUGUCCAGACAGAUUGAAACUGGAAUUAAAUCAGGCUAUAAGGAGUCGGUGAUUGUCGAAGCAGUUAUUAGAGCUGUGAGUCCAAAUUUGAAGCGUCGCUCGUAUCUCGAGAUGAUAAACGAUAUGUCGAUCGUUAGCUCGUUUAAAGCAAAUCUUACGGGCCCACUUUAAAGAAAAACCUGGAACAGAAAUGUAUCAAGAAUUAACUUCACUGUGUCAAGGCCCAAAGGAGUCGGCACAGGACUUCUUAAUAAGAGCUAUGAACCUUCGUCAGCAAGUAAUAUUUGCAUCUCAAGCGGACGAUAGUGUUUUCAAGUAUGAAAAAUCACUGGUACAAUCUCUAUUCUUGCAUGUUGUUGAGACAGGGAUGCAGUCACAAUAAAUACGGGCUAAGUUACGUCCUUUCUUGGAAAAACCUGGAGUUACUGACGAGGAAUUAAUGGAACGAGUUAAUGUUGCUGUGUCGGCAGAAACGGAGCGACAAAACAAGAUGGCUGGAGUCAAGAAAGGUGCUCAAGUUAAUCAAGUGGUGACUAACCAGGAACCUGGUUGGGCAAGUCAAAACUACAGUGAAGACCCUGCCAGUAAGAAAAAAAGCACAAAGUCGAAGAAGAAUUUGACAGCCGAAGAUAAAGACAAGUUGACUGCAACUCUGGAAUCGGUACAAACUGAUUUGGCAUCGUUAAAGGAAGCAUUCUACCGGUCACAACAAAGUCAGGGGGAAGCUGAUAAUGGACCAUCACACAGUCGUCAAAAGCAAAGGAAAGUUCAAUGUGAUUCAUGUAAACAGUCUGGUGGAACAGGUCUGUGACCAUUGCUUUAAGUGUAGAUCAAGUGAACAUUUUGCAAGAGGGUGUAAGAAGAAACGGGAAACGGCUACGCCCAAGGGACGGAGAGUAGCCCGUGAAACUGAUUUGUCCCAUUCUUGUACAUUUUGCAAAGUGAGUGAAACAGACACUCCAUUUAAACAGUGCAGUAAGUGUAAAUUUUUCAGAUACUGUUCCCAAGCCUGCCAAUGUAAACAUUGGAAUGAACAUAAAACAUUAUGUAAUGAAUUAUCAGACCUUCAUGAACAAAAGUUAAGAGAAAACUUUGUUGACGAUGGGGUCUAUGCAUGCCACUUAUCCCCUAGAGAGAAUGCAGUCAUUACACGGUUGGUGGGGAGGAAAUGUACUGUACAAUGUUCAUUGAAUGGGGUGAAGACAACUGCUCUCUGGGACACAGGGGCCCAAGUUUCAAUUGUUUCUAGUGCUUGGCUUCAGGAACAUUUGCCAAAGGCAAAAAUUCAGGGAAUGGAGGAACUUCCCGGGGUUAAUGAACUAGAGCUAAAAGCAGCAAAUGGAACUGCACUGCCAUAUUGUGGGUGGACAGAGAUUGACUUUUCACUUCUCGGGACAAAUAGUGACUAUGGGUUAAAAAUACCAUUUUAGUCAGCAAAGUUGUUCUCGAUUUACCGGUUGUGGGGUAUAAUGUAAUUGAAGAAAUUACUAGAAAAUCGGCUGUGAAAGUUAACCAGGACAAACACACAUCUUUUGUGGAUGUGCUAUGUUGUAGUUUAAUGGAUAUUGAACGUGCUGAAGUUGAGGCUCUAGUGGCAUUUUUACAAUCAGACUUGUGUAAUGUUAAAACUACUAAACGAGACAUAGUAAUUCAACCAGGUCAAUCGUUAAAGGUAGUUUGUCAUGUUGAUGUUGGCCCCUUGGAAAUGCGAGUACCAGUGUUAUUUGAGCCCAACCUAGAGUGUCCUUGGGUGGAUGGACUAGAAGUACCAGAAACACUCACAGUUGUGUCAAGAGGAGCUCGAGUCAGUAUUCAAGUUAACAAUCCAAGUAAUCGUGCUAUUGUAUUGAAAAGGAGAACUGUGUUAGGAACGCUUCAAAUGGUGAGAUCAAUAAACCCAAUGGAUGUUAUACAGUCUAAGAAUACUAAUAACAAUACAGAUGAGCCUCAAUGUAAUGGGACGGAAGUGGGUGUCAGUGUCGACAGCAUCGGUUCUAAAGAAAAACUAAUGGGAAAUCGAAACUCCGAUGGUCUACCUGAAGUGAAUCUUGAGGGACAGACAAACAAACAGAAAUGGAAAGUACAACAGAUGUUGAAAGAAGAAGCAGAUUCAUUUUCAAGAGAAGGCGAAAUUGGCGAUGCUAAAGGUCUACAAAUGAAUAUUCAUCUUACAGAUUCAGUUCCAGUACAGAAGAAUUACACAGCUAUUCCACGACCUCUGUAUCCAGAGGUUAAACAGUAUGUUGAGGAUUUACUGAAUAAGGGGUAUGUUCAAAAAUCACGUUCAUCGUAUUCAUCGCCAGUGGUCUGUGUCAUAAAAAAAGAUGGGAACCUUCGGCUAUGCGUGGAUUACAGACAACUAAAUAAGAAGACAGUACCUGAUAGACAUCCAUUACCAAGAGUGCAAGCGACGCUCGAAAGCCUUGAUGGUAACAAAUGGUUCACAGUGUUAGAUCAGGGGAAGGCCUAUCAUCAAGGUUAUAUAGAUCCUGAAAGUCGACACAAAACUGCUUUUAUCACCCCGUGGGGUUUAUUCGAGUGGGUUCGCAUACCGUUUGGGCUUACAAAUGCACCCGGAGAAUUUCAAAGGUUUAUGGAACACUGCCUAGAGGGUCUUAAAGAGGACAUUUGCAUCCCAUAUUUAGAUGACAUUAUUAUAUUUAGUAAAACAUUUGAUGAACACGUUGAGCAUGUCCGUUUGGUUAUACAACGAUUACGUGCCAAUGGAAUUAAGUUAAAACCAGAAAAGUGUAAUUUCUUUCAAAGGGAAGUUAACUAUUUGGGACAGAUUGUGUCAGCAGAGGGGUACAGACUCGACCCAGGAAAGACUGAAACAGUAAGAGCAUUAAAGGACUCAGAACCGAAAACAAUUGGCGAAUUACGGAAACGUCUGGGACUUCUCGGCUACUAUCGGAGAUAUAUUAAGGACUUUGCACGAAUCGCAAGACCACUAUUCGAUUUUUUACAAGCUCCACCUGAUGUGAAUUCUAACUCGAGUAAUGUGAAAAACAGUGUACCAUCAUCACAACCAAUUCAGUGGCAAAGCCGACACCAGAAUGCUCUCAGUGAACUUCUUGAUUGUCUCAUAAGCCCACCUAUCCUGGGUUACCUAGAUUAUAAUCAACCGUUUGAGUUACAUACAGAUGCAUCACUUCGGGGACUUGGAGCUGUGUUGUAUCAAAUGCAAGAGGGAAAGAUGCGAGUAAUCGAGUAUGGUUCGAGAUCCCUAAACCCUGCAGAAAGAAGGUACCAUGCUGGAAAGUUAGAAUUCUUAGCCUUAAAGUGGGCUGUCUGCGAACACUUUCGAGACAUUUUAUACUAUGCCCCGAACUUUACGAUCUAUACAGAUAAUAAUCCAUUAACAUACAUACUGCCAGCAGCUAAAUUAAAUGCAACGGGUCAUCGUUGGGCGUCCGAACUCGUGGAUUUCACAUUCGACAUAAAGUACCGCCCGGGGCGUAAUAACCAAGAUGCAGAUGCUUUGUCAAGGAUGCCUGUAGACUUGGCAAAUUACCGAGAAAUGUGCACGGAGGAGGUACCUAGUGAAAACAUCAAGGCUGUAAUUACGGGUAUUACCGCACAGCAAUAUGGAAACGCUACAUGGGUUACAGCUCUAACACUCGACGAAGAUCUCCCAGAUAUUGAUAACGAUUUUCUAACUAACGAUGGGUGUAGAUUGUGCAUCGGUAAUUAUGUAAUUCUCAAGGCACAAAAAGAAGAUCUGUCGAUCGGUAAGGUACGAUCAUUCAAGCUCGAGGGGCGCCGCCCAUCCAUUCAGGAUGCGAAAAAUGAACUACCCAAUACCAAGACCCUGUUGCGGCAAUGGCAUAAACUUAAGAUUGGAAAGGACGGAUUACUACACGAAAGCGGUCCAUACACACAACUCGUUUUGCCAAGAAAAUUUCUCCCUUCGGUUUACAAAGAACUGCAUCAGGAUAUGGGACAUUUAGGAGCGGAGAGAGUGGUACAAUUAGCGAGAGAAAGAUUCUAUUGGCCUAAUAUGGAACGCGAAAUAACACAUUUUGUUACUAAUGUUUGCGGUUGUCUCAAACAACGUAGACCCGCUCGACCAACAUGUGCACCACUAUGUAGUAUAACAACGUGUUCUCCGUUCGAAUUGAUAUCAAUCGAUUACAUACAUCUCGAGAAAAGUUCUGGCGGAUAUGAAUACAUAUUGGUUAUCGUCGACCAUUUCACUCGAUUUGCACAUGCUUAUCUGACUAGAAAUAAAUCGAGUACAACCGCAGCAGAGUAGCCUGCGUAGCAGGUGGUAGAAGCUAGAAAUACCGCCUGCCCAAAAACUACACAUUCUGAGUUCCGCCCACCGCAUGGUCCCGCCCAUCUUACAGUAAUGUAUUUAUUUUAAUUAUUUGUCAAACUCACGUAUUUACACCAGUGCAAAUAUACGACUUUGACGUUUCAUAUCUUCGGUUCAUUCAAUGCUAUUAAGACAAAAAUACCACGUUCGAUUCAGUGUAACAAUAUGUCCUCAUUCAUAGCGAUAGUUUUAGUCGAUGUCAACAUUAUAGCGAUUUAUGAGCUUUGAAAGUCAAGCGAGUUCGUGUAUUAUCAAAUUACGCAAUUGUCAACAAAAAUAGACUAGCCAUACCUUUCGCCGAACACAACUUCGGCCCCUUCAGACGUAACUUUGUAAUAGGCUUGUUCCAAUCGCUAUCAAAAACACGACUUAGAGUGUCAUUUACGAGCCUGUAUCUUCAAAUCUGCACUUUUAUCACGGUAUCACAUCUUCAAGCAACAAAUGUUGGAUUGAUAUUCGUUGUUCAUUCUUCAAGACGAAGCGAUUUCCGAUUCCAGAUAAAGAUUAAAGAAUUCAACGCUUAAUUCUCAAUUAAUACAUUCGUUAUUUUUUGGUUAGUGUAUGCCAUCACUCGAUAUAUCGGUAUCAAUUACGAAAAUAACAAUAGUUUAUAUUAUAAAUACGACAGUAACUUCUAAAAUUAGCACUAAUUAUUCUAAUUCUGUACUCCUGUCAAUCAAAAAUUCAAAAUCAACAUUCUGACCAAUCAGAUACUGCCUGCUACGCAGGCUACCAAUCAGAAUGCUCCGGCACCCAGCUGCCGGGGAGAACUCAGAAUGUGUAGUUUUUGGGCAGGCGGUAUUUCAAGCUUCCCAUUCUCUCGUGCCCGCGAAUACCGCCUGCUACGCAGGCUAUAUCACACAAUACGGACGUCUCACGUUUUUCCACGCCAAGACAAUUUUCCAAUUCAAAAACUACUCAAAUAGUGCUAAAAACUCAAGGGAAUGUUUUGAUAACUAGAGUUGAACGAGGAAUCUCUCUCGCCUGCAUAUGGGGACUACGUUUGAAAUGUUAGCUCUCGUGAAACUCUUGUUCUCGUUUGACCUUGAUGAUGUUGUUGAGAAGUUGAGAGAACUCCUUGUCUACUUUUGAUUUGCAAAAAACUAUAUAUAUUGCGGCCUUGACCUGUGACCUGAAGAAUGAGCAAACUGUCCACUGGCUGAUAUAAACUUAGUGAGAUCUGCACUGCAAACACUGUGAAAUAGUUUUCUGUACUUGCAUAAUAUUGUAUCUCUCAUAUUGCAGACGAAGUUUGUCCAAUGUCCUGAAGGUGAACUUCAGAAGAGAAAAGAAGUUGUCCAUACUGUAACACUCCAUGAAAUUGACGUCAUAAACAGUAGAACCCAGGGAUUCCUUGCGCUCUUUUCAGGUACACCCUUAAUGUGGCUUUGCGAUUCCCGUCGAGCACUCUAAAGGCCCAUUUACACGGUACGAUUAGUUGUAUACGAUUCUUACUCUGACGUAUGUGAUCGAAUAAACACGCGUACAAACGUCACAUUUCAAAUUUCGCCAUCAGCGAAUGAGCAAUAACGUGGCAUUAGCACUCGUUUUCAUUCGUCAGAAUGACAAUCGUAUACAACUAAUCGUAUCGUGUAAAUGGGCCUUAACCAACUGAGCCACAGAGUCCAGUUGUCGAGCUCGAACCACAGGGAUUUAUAUUUAUUUAACCAGCAUUGCAAAUAUAUUUCCUUUUGAUAUUUAAUUUCCUUUUGUUCGUCCUGUACCAUAGCAGUCCAAAAAUGCGUAGUAUAUUUGUAUAUUUUAUAUAAUCUCAUAGCUUGGAAAAGUUUUGAAAGCUCGCGCGGGAGAAUCUCACGCUCGCGCAUGCAUAUACGAGUCUAUACUUUGUUUAUUAUUAUGACAAGGUGGGUCAUCAUCUGUCUAUAGGCCUACUAUCCUGGCUCGUCGUUAGUUGAUUAUAACAAUGAAAGACAAUAAAACUAUAGAUUGUCGUCUUUCUAAAGAACGAGUCACGAACAAUGAUAAUUUUUGUUUCUGAAAGCCAAUCACAAAACAUGAUCAUUUUAGGUUGGUCUUUACCCAAGAAGGUUGGCAAGAUUUUUAACGGAAAGUUAUUUCAACGUCUACUAAAAUAUGAAUAUUUCGCAAAUUACAAGCAAAAACAAUAAAAAACCUACAUCAUUUCAAAAGUCCAUGUGAAAGAUUUUGACAUGCGAGCUUUCAAAACUUUUCUCCAAGCUAUGAGACUACAUAAAAGAUCCAUUCAAAUAGCACGUAUUUUUGGGCUGCCUAUACAGGACUUACAUUAUAACAUUACUAGGAAUGGGAUUUUUUUUAAAAUGUGAAUUGUUAGGCAACUAGCACAAAUACUGUUUAUAUUUUUGUGUUGUUAUUAAUAUCGUAGCAAUCAUGCAGGUACUGUUUCAAGAAACUUUGCCUUACUUCUUCAGUUAUAUUCAUGUAAGACUACGUUGUUGCUCUUUGGAUAUCUAGAUAGUUGGUUGUAGACUGCGUAGUUUCUCUGAAUGGCAAUAAAGAAAUACCGAAUGGUUUUCCGUGCAGGAUUGCGUGAUCCAUGCAUGCUCGCGGGAUGUUUCGAGACUUUCGGAAGGCAUUUUUCACUUUCCUAAAGUCGAGAAACAUCCCAAGUGCAUGGAUCACGCUAUCCUGCAAGAAAAAAAUCAUUCGGUAAUUGUUUUAUAAAAUAACUACAGUGAAACAAUGGUCAAGUUAAUUCAUUCUCUGUAGUUAUUGUAAACCUUUGUUCACUGUUUUGGUGAACUUGCCGUUCGUUAAUAUACUGUUAUUGUUUAUUUCACACAUUGAAAUGUUUUCUAUUAGUUUUAUAUUAUUCUGACACUGCAAUAGACCAACGAAAAAUUAGUCGGAUCGAGCGAGGUUUGAACUCGCAUCUUCGGGUAUCUAGACCCCCGCUCUACCCAUUGAGCUAUCGAGUCAACGGGGAUCAACCUUGUACCCAGGGUCUUUCCCUUUGGGGAGCAAAGACCCUGGUAGGCGCUGGUCACGUGAUCUGCUAAAAUCUAGCAGAUUUUUAAUUAACAAUCCAAGAUCUGGUCAAUAAACAUUUUAUAUUUGGAUUAUUUUGAUAGUUUUUAAACUAUAAAAAAAAUAAAAUUAUAAAUUAAAAUUUAUAAUUUGCAUUUUGUAUGAUUGUUGUGAAGAAAACCAAGAUAGUUAAUUAAAAAUCUGCUAGAUUUUAGCAGAUCACGUGACCAGCGUCUACCAGGGUCUUUGCUCCCCAAGAGACCCUGGGUACGAGGUUGAACGGGGAUUGGUAGCGAGUCUUAUCCAAUUUAAGUGCACGAAAUAUUUAAAUUGUCCGUGCAGGAUCGUCUCAGUCUCAAUAUUGUAGUUAUUAUAUAAUUCAUUUUCCUUGUUGUAGGCGACACUGGUGAGAUAAAAGGAGAGGUUCGAGAACAGAUCAAUGCUAAGGUUGCUGAGUGGAGGGAGGAAGGAAAGGCUGAGAUAGUACCUGGGGUAUGCUUGAUAUUUGUACAGCUUAUACCGUAAACUCUCUAUUAUAUAACCCCGCGGGAGAAUGUUGGAGUCGAUUGUGGUUUACAAUAUAUGCAAUUCCCUCCUUUUCUAGCUCAUAGUUUCAGGUUACUAAAUGAAUACCUUUCGGAACCCUGUACUUUAUGUGGGGGGAAAUGUGGGGAUUCGGUGGCGAAGUGGUUAGCGCACUUGCCUUUCACCUCUAAGGCCGCAGGUUCGAAUCUCAAUGAGAACUUCUCAAUGUGACUCGAACCCAGUCCUCAUGUGAAAAGAGUAAAAGUCAACGCUCUGCCGAAAGUCGUGGGUUUUCUCCGGGUACUCCGUGUUUCCUCCCACAGGGAAAGUUGACAGGGUGGGUUAGGCACAUAGGUCUGGAGGCAGAUCAUUAAUGAGGUACGGACUAAUAGCGACUGCUCAAGCGGCAUUUGUAAGCUCAAAGUCUACCUCGGUCUGCUUCUAUCUAUCUAUUCAUAAUGUCCGGUUCUAUCUAUCUAUUCAUAAUGUAACCAGUCACUGAAAAGCCCUAUAGGGAGUGUGCUGUGAAAUAUCUGUAUCUCUGUAUGUGUUUCACUUUAAAAGUUAAGUACACCUUGAGUCUUAAAUUUGUACAUACGAGUAAGGUACGAGUAAGGUACGACUGUACGAUAUUGAGUACCAGUAAGGUACAAUACGACUAAAAAUCUUGACUUAUCGCACCCUGCAAAAUGAUAACCAGGCAGAACUUUCUCCGAACUGCUUGUGCUGCAGAGUUCCCUGCAUCUCCGUUAGAACCUCUUUUUAUAUUUGUUUUUUAUGUCUUGUCAGGUAUUGUUUGUUGAUGAAGUGCACAUGUUGGAUAUAGAAUGCUUCUCAUUUCUUAAUCGUGCUUUGGAAAGUGAUAUGUCUCCGAUCCUUAUCAUGGCUACUAACAGAGGAAUCACCAAGUAAGAUUAUAAACUCUGUUAUAAUAUAUACCCUUAUAAUAUACCCUUCUGAUCUGUUAUAACAUACUCUUCAAAUUCUACAAUCUACUGUAUUUUUAUAUUCGAUCUAUAAAUUAAAUGUAAACAACCAAUUUUGAAUGGUAAGGUUCAUCAGCCCCAUGCAGUCAAGUGAAGAUGAGAGUUGCAACUCUUCAACCCAAUCUCGUCGACUCUCGUGCACUUUAUCAACUCUCAUCAACUUUGAGCUGGUUCAAAUUUUCAUAAUAUCCAUGUUACCGUGUUAAUAAUAUACAUAAAGAUAUUACUCGACUGUGAUUGGUUGAUUUCAAUGCAGUUAAUCCCAAACAGCAGUGCAAUUUUCUGUAAUCACAGUGCAAGUUUCUGUAAUCACAGUGCAAGUUUCUGUAAUCACAGUGCAAGUUUCUGUAAUCACAGUGCAAAAAUCUGUAACAAACUGAUCUGAUUGAUGGAAAAACAUUGUGAUGAUUAAAUCAACCAAUCAGUUUAAAGCAAUUUAUUUGAAGAAGUAACGGUCACAGAUUGCUUCAAAACAAAACAAAUAUGGCGCCGCGCUACACAAAGUUAAAGUUGCCUUCGCGUGGAAAAUAUGGCUUUUAUCUUUAUUUUUAAAUGGAAAAGCAUUUACCUUAAACAAGACUAACAAAAUUACGUAGUUGAGUGGAAUUUUCAAGCUGUUAGCGUUGUAUAAUGUGAUAUAACAAAGCCAGGAAAACUUUGCCAGUGGAAUGUUCGCUAUAAACUCGUAAGUUAAAACUACAAUUGUCUCGAACAUUUUUAUGUAAAUUAUUAAUAAGUAAUAGCAUGGUUUCUCGUGAAAUUUGGAUAAACAUGCACUCGUGAGUUUUUCAAAGACCUCAAAUAGCACUCGUCCUUCGGACUCGUGCUAUUUUGAGGUCUUUGAAAAACUCACUCGUGCAUGUUAUAUCCAAAUUGCACUCGAAACCAUGCUAUUAAUUACCUAUACUAAUAUCCAUGCAGUUCUCAUGCAGCUCCCCUGUUUUUGAGACACAAGAGUUGAGAAACACUCAUGUUAACUUUCGCUUACCCAUACACUCUCAUGCAACUGCUUUUCUCGUUUCAUCGGGAAUAAGAGUUGAUACUCUCAUGCAACUCGGUAGAAAUUUUCUCGAGUGAAUACGUUCAAGCCGUACCCAGAAAAUUCUCCCUGCCGUGGCUGGAUUUCGAAGGUCGUGACUGUAGAGUUUUUUAAAGUGUACUAACUGUUGGAGCCACCAUAUCUUAUGUACACUAGAUGGUGCAUCUAAUUAUUUUGCAAUUCAAAAAUUGAAGCCGUGAUUGCAGACUCAGGAUAUUCCCAUGAAAUGAGAUGAUUCGUAUAUUUUCUAUUUCUUAAACAGGGAACUUAAACAUUAAGUUAAACCUAUUCCAAAUACAUUUUCAAACUAUUCAAAUGAUGAAAGUUAUUGUUAUUUUAUAAGCGUUUAUUAGCGAGUGGAAAACUCCAACAUGGCCGCCAUCUAUUCAAAUGGGGGUAACCGCUGGAAUAUUCUUGGCUUCAAUUUUACUAAAAGAGAUGCGCUAUCUAGUUUAUAUAAGAUAUCUAUGGGAGCCACAUUGAUAUUGUCAAUGAGUACAUUUUUUUACUCUGCAGAAUCCGUGGUACAAACUACAACAGUCCUCAUGGCAUUCCACUUGAUCUUCUUGAUCGAUUACUCAUUAUAACAACCACGCCUUAUGAAGAGAAAGAACUGAAACAGAUUUUAGCAAUAAGGUAACUUGUCUAUGACAAAAAUAUUUGGUAUAUAAAAUAGUGGGGUUUUUUUUAUUUUUCCGCCACUAAAAUACGACUGAAAACAUUAUCGCUGGCUGUUGUAAUUAAUUAAUGCUGAUUUUGCUAAGUAAUACGGCCCUGCAGCACAAUCUUUUAUAUGUUAAAGGACAUUGGCAAGCAGUUAUUUCGAAGCUCUUUCAAAUGAACUAAAUUUUUACUGCCCAUGUCCCAACUAAAUUUUUACUGCCCAUGCAACAAAACAUCGACGCUUUGAAAUAUGAAAGCUAUUUCACUCGUGAGAUGUCCUGUUCAACACUCGGAAGAAAUUGUAUUAUCAUUCACUUUAUAGUAUUCUCAAUUUUGAUUGGUUAAUUUACCUGCAAAUAACUGCGUGCAAAUAAUAGUCUGAGCAUGCGCAUUUGUUAAAAACGUUGCUCAGCUACAAAUAAUAGUCUGAGCAUGCGCAUUGCCUUCAAUUUUUGUAAACAAUAGCGGCUCGCUUUGCUAGCUUUCGGAAAAUGAGUUGUCUUGCUUACUUGAAGAAAAAAACGCGGAAAAUAAAAAAGCGACUAAAACCGCUGUCACCGUCUUUCGCCAGCAUUUAGAAGCAAGAUAAAUCAACGAAGACGAUCUAGUUGGCUCAAAAGACGGCGAACGUAUAUUAAACGAAAGAUAAAAUGAAGCUUUAUGAGUGAAUGAUAAAACAAUUAUUGAACUCGCUUCUCGCAAAAUAUCGUGAUUUGUCGGUGGCGAGCAGAUCAAUUAUUUGCCGAUGCAUCACGAUAUUUUGCUCAACCUCGUCCAAUAAUUGAUAAUUAUCUCGUAUAGUUAGCUGGUGGUGCACGAAAACUCGGUUCUGGCCGGAACUCUCAUUUUUUUAGGUUCUGGUUCCGGCCAGAACUGAUAAGAAAAGCAUGGCCGCGAACCGGCACUUUGUCUUCUCUAGGAAAAAGAAUACAAAGUUCAUUUACUGAUGAACAUCGAGCAGAUAUUUGAAAGGUCACAUUACUGAUAAUGAUAACAUUUGUAUUAUAUGACUUUGGACAGUACUAUACCAUGAUAGUCAACAAACUAGCACAUACAUACAGUAAUGAUAAACGGUUAAUCAAAUAAACUCAAUUCCGGCCAGAUUUUUUCUCCAUCCUGUUCCGGUCGGAACUUAAAUCAUUGAUUUUAGUGCAUCCUAAAUAGUCAUGUAAAGAAUGACUGUUUAGGUUGUAGAAAAAGUUGUAAGAAUUAGGAAUAGUUCAAGGAUAAGAAAUCCCUGUCAUGCAGGCUGAAUAAGAAAGUGCUGUCAGAAAUCGCUGUUAGCGACAGUUUAAAUUUACUUCUUAUUAAUCGUGAUCCAUGCUUUUGUAACCAGUAUAUGUGAUUAUGUAGAUGUGAAGAGGAGGAUGUGGAGAUGUCAGAAGACGCCAUGGGAGUAUUAACUAAGAUUGGACAAGAGACGUCUUUGAGAUACGCCAUACAACUUAUUACUGCUGCCAGUCUGGUCUGUAGAAAAAGAAAGGUAAUAUAUUCAAGAUAAACAGCAGCAGUAUGUACCUACCUCCUCCACAGGCGUUCUUAGAAAUGGGGCAAAGGUGGGGAAACGCCCUGUCACACUAUUGCGUAUGAAAGAAACGUAUGAGACGCGUAUGAAAAUUAAUGAAAUAAUUUUCAUACGGUAACGCACAAAAAUCCUUUGAAAUGCCGGCGUAUGAGUACCGUACAUCUGGCGUACCUCUAGCCAGGCUCUAGCGUAUUCAGCGUGCGCCUAGAGUAUGCUUAUCGUAUAAACCAUACGUCCGAAUACGCACAAAAUUUUUAAGCAAAAUUUUCUGCCUCGCCGUAUGCCAGCGUAUGCUACCGUAUGCGACCGUGCUUAAAACGUAUACAACCUAUGCCUAAAAUACCCCUAGCGUAUGUCAGCGUUUUCCAGCGUAUGAGUGAUAUUUUUCAUACGCUGGCAUGCGCUAGUACGAUACGCAAUAGUGUGACAGGGCCUUUUUUCAUAGUAUAAGUCGGAAACGACUUAGAUGUUCAAUUAUUCAUGGUGUAAGUCACCGUUUGUAUUUUAAAUAUUCAAUUUUUGUAUCUCAGGGCACAGAAGUCCAGAUAGAUGACAUCAAACGUGUGUACUCAUUAUUCCUCGACGAAUGUCGCUCAUCUCAGUUUCUUAAAGAAUAUCAACAAGAGUUUAUGUUUAGUGAGGAAACACCAGCACCACAAGAACAAACUACGACUGACUCGAUGGAGACUGAUACAACUAGUUAAAUCUCAACGUUAACGCUAGUUCUCAACUAUAUCGUCAUUAGACCUUACCGUAUUUUCAUCUUCAACUUUUAAGCAUGAUUGCCAUUUGUCCCGGCUCGUGCAACCAAGUUAACAGACAAUUCGAGCUUUUAAUUUAUGCGCGCAGGGAGUGACGGUUAGUAAGGUAUCAUAUUGCUGAUUAUGCUGAAAAGAUUCAAUAAAAACUGCCGAAACAACCGAGAUAUUUCAAUAUUUACAAGUAUAAGCUAUCACUCAGUGUUUACACGGCCGCCAUUUUUAUUUUUUCAGCAUAAUCAGCAAUAUGAUACCUUACUUCCAAUCCCUCCCUGCACGCAUCAAUUAAAAGCUGGAAUUGCCUAUUUGAAUCUGUCUUCGACUCUUCGUUGUUGUCAUUUGCAUAAAGGUGUAGUUAACAAAGUAGUUAACUGUAACUGCAAAGGAUGUAGUUAGUAUACAGAAAUGAACGGGUAGUUAAAGAGUAGUUAGAAAGAGUUUUGGGCCCCGUUUACGUGAGACCGGGACGAAGUCAAAGCGGGAUAAUGUCAUUAUUUGUAAUAGUACCAUGAUCGCGACAGUCACGACCAAAAUCGUGAAACUAUAAAACAUUUAACGUCUAAUGACAUACUUGUUCAAAGUUUAAGAUUAUACAAAUAAUGAAUGUUUAUGAGUGCAAUGGUAAGAAUAUUUUCAUGAGGUGAAAGAUGGAAUGUUCCAUUGUUUUAUAUAAUACCAAAAGUCCAGAACAGACUAAUAGAUUCAUAUGAGAAGCAUUUUGAGGGAUGCGAUUUAUCGAAAACACAAAGAGUGCAAUUGUACUAUACGUUUUAUUCCAUUGCACUCGCGGAGAGUACAAUGGAACGCGUUCCAUUGCACUCUUGGGAAAUGGAAUUUUCUAUUCAAUAUCGCGUGAUCAUAAACAGCCAAUUAAACGAUUAGAAUUUAAUAAGGUAUUAUAUAAAUUUCAAUAUCCAUCUGUUUUAAUCCCGUUACAGACGAGCAAGUUUUCUAAGUAAAGUUUGUAUUUGCUCGUCUGUAUACUCAACUUUAGCAAAUGUUUCAAAGUGCUGACAAAUUAUGACGUAUGCCAUGGCUCUUAUUUGCAUAGGCUUUAUGGCGUAAGCAAGAGCAAAGAGCGUACGUAUCAAGUCCUCUAGAUCUUUAUAGAGUUCACUGGAGUGUUGCCAUUUUGUUUACCAUUCUCCAGGCCCUCUAGCAAUAGACCGUGCUUACGUCACGCAUUUUUUAAUACAGAGGACUUCUGGAAUGGCACUGUGAAUUGUGGGAUACUUUUGGGUCAAUAAUUCAUUGUUUGAAAAUUUCGUGACGUAAGCACUUCUUAGGUCCAUUGCAGUGGUCCAUUGUGACCUUCGCAUUAAUUUAUUAAGAUAUAUUAAACAG